AUGACGAUCCUUAUCCUCGGCCGGGCCAUCCAAGGCAUCGGUGGCGGGGGGCUCCAACAACUGACCAUAAUCAUCAUCACGGACAUAUUCAGCCUCCGCCAGCGCAGCCUCUACCUCGCGCUUGUCGAAGUAAUGUGGGCCGUCGCAGGUGGCAUCGGGCCGGUCCUGGGCGGCCUUCUCGCCUCCUCCUCCUGGCGCUGGAUCUUCUGGCUCAACCUCCCGAUAACCGGCGUGGCCUUCCUCCUCACCAUUUUCUUCCUCGACGUACACAACCCGCGCACGCCCCUCGUCAUCGGCCUCCUCGCCAUCGACUGGCUCGGCAUCGUCUCCAUCCUCGGCUUCACGCUGCUCCUCCUCCUGGGCCUCAACCUGGGCGGCGUCACCUACCCGUGGUCCUCUCCCACCGUCAUCUGCCUCCUAGCCUUUAGCCCCCUCUUCCUCGCCCUCUUCAUCCUCACCGAGCACAAACACGCCGCGCACCCCAUCAUCCCCCUCCACCUCCUCUUCGGCGCCACCGCCUCCGCCCGCUCCAACGCCGCCGCCUACACCACCGUCUUCGCCCACGGCGUCGUCCUGCUCGGCCUGGAAUACUACAUCCCGCUGUACCUGCAAUCCGCGCGCGCCCUGUCGCCCGCGCGCUCCGGCCUACUAACCCUCCCCCUCGUCCUCACCAACGCCCUGACCGCCGUCGCCUGCGGCGUGCUCAUCCACCGGACAGGCGCGUACCUCUCCAUCCUCCGCGGCGGCGCCGCGGUCCUCGUCGGCGCCGGCGUCGGCGCAUGCCUGCAGCCGCCGGAGCUGGCGGUGCAGGCGCGCGUGCCGCAGGACGCCGUCGCGGCGGCGAUGGCCGCGCUGGGCUUCGUGCGCAACGUCGCGACGGCGCUGAGCGUGGUCGGCGGCGGCGCGGCGUUUGCGAACGGCAUGGCGGCGCGGGAGGGGCCGCUGGUGCGGGCCGGGGUGGAUGCAGGGGCGGCGAGGGAGCUGGCGGGUGCGGAGGCGGCGGCCGCGAAUGUGGAGAGGGUGGGAGAGCUGUUGCGGGGGGAAGCGAGGUUGCAAGGGGUUGUGCGGGAGGCGUAUGCGGGCGCGUUGAGGAAUGUGUGGAUUUUAUAUGCGUGCGUGGCGGGGGUGACUGUUGUGGCGACGCUGUUUGUGGAGAGGAGCGUGUUGAGCGAUGAGCAUACCGAGACCAAAACGGGAAUUCGGAGCGAAGAGCGCGCGGGGAAAGGCGAAAAUGGAUGA